ACUGAAAAAAUCAACCCUCACAGAGAUAAGGCUACAACCAGAAUCUCUCACUCACUUCCCUCCAUAGCCGCAGAGCUUCAACAUAAGCAUGUCUUCCUCCAACCUUACAAUGCCUUCUCUGUCGAAGCUCUCCUCUCGCUCCUUCAUCGCCCCGUUCCAGCUCCCGAGCUCCAACUCCUCCACACCUCCAUGCAGAUCCUCCACCACCCAAAUCCAGUGCAGCCUCCGCGAUCUCCGCGACCGCAUUGAUUCCGUCAAGAACACGCAGAAGAUCACCGAGGCAAUGAAGCUCGUUGCGGCCGCCAAGGUCCGGAGAGCUCAAGAGGCCGUGGUGAAUGCCCGCCCCUUCUCCGAGACCCUCGUUGAAGUCUUGUACAACAUCAACGAGCAGCUCCUCACGGACGACAUCGACAUCCCCCUCACCAAGGUCCGGCCUGUCAAGAAGGUCGCCCUCGUGGUGGUCACGGGCGAUCGCGGUCUCUGUGGUGGGUUCAACAAUGCCAUCAUCAAGAAGGCUGACUUGCGGAUCAAGGAGCUUAAGGCGCUCGGCCUUGACUACACCGUGAUCAGCGUUGGGAAGAAAGGGAACUCCUACUUCCUCCGCAGGCCUUACAUCCCAGUCGAUAAGUUCCUGGAAGGCAGCAAUCUCCCGACGGCCAAGGAGGCGCAGGCGAUCGCGGAUGAUGUGUUCUCGCUGUUCGUGAGUGAGGAGGUGGACAAGGUCGAGCUUCUCUACACCAAGUUUGUCUCCUUGGUGAAGUCGGAUCCUGUGAUUCACACGUUGCUCCCGCUCUCGCCCAAGGGAGAGAUCUGCGAUAUCAAUGGAGUCUGCGUUGAUGCUGCGGAGGAUGAGUUCUUCAGGCUCACAACCAAGGAAGGGAAGCUGACAGUGGAGAGAGAUAUUGUGAGGACUAAAACCACUGAUUUCUCCCCAAUUCUGCAAUUCGAGCAGGAUCCUGUGCAGAUUCUGGAUGCGUUGCUGCCACUCUACUUGAACAGUCAGAUCUUGAGAUCGUUGCAGGAGUCGCUAGCGAGUGAGCUUGCUGCCAGGAUGAGUGCCAUGAGCAGUGCCUCUGAUAAUGCAUCCGAGUUGAAGAAGAAUCUGUCAAGAGUUUACAACAGGAGGCGUCAGGCCAAGAUCACCGGAGAGAUUUUGGAGAUUGUUGCCGGAGCCAACGCCUUAUCCUGAGCUCCACGUCUUUCUCCAAUCUCCAUUUUCGAUUGCGCUAUAAUACUAUUAUUCAGCAAUACAAACUCCCUGUAAUUCUCCGCCGCCUUCUUAAACAAGAGAAACACCAUUCUGUGUUGUAACCAUAAGCCAUCUUACUCACAUUUCAUGUACAAUGUCAUUUUUUCA